AUGGGAGGACCUGACCCUUACCGUGCGUCUCGCCAGCAGUUCAACAAACGUUCAACAACAGUUUUAUCCAAGGCGAUGGAGCUGGUUCAGAAAUGCGAUGCCAAACUGUAUCUGCUGAUGGUCCACGAGCGUGGUGUUUUUGAGUACAACUCGACUGUUGACCCGCUUCGGAAUGAAUGCAAUCCUGACCCCGAAUGGCCGCCUCCAGUAUUAGAAGUGGCAAAGGUGUAUCCAAAUGUUCAAAGAUCCAGCCACAGCUUGAGAGAAUUCAAAAAGUUGAAUAAGCAUCAAUUGGCGAUAAUACAGCAUCAAAAUGAGGCUGUCGCGCGUCGAAAGGUUAAGGCCCAUAAAGCUGCUCUGCGACGAAAGUUGGUUGUCCCAGAUGCUCCAGACCUGGUGACUUCCAGGCACUGGAAUAACAUAGAUCAGAAGGAGAAACAAGCAGAACAGAAAAUCCGCUGA